ACACUCAUUCAGUUGUGAAAUAUAUCUCCUAUCGCAAGGUUCUCUAAAAACUCGGAAAAUGCUAAAAUUGGACACCAAAGGAGGCAUCAUCUGCACUGGCUGUUUGUCUAUAGCCUUUGCAAUUACCUAUUUGGUACUUAUGGACGACUAUUUCUGGAGAAAUGGAUUGUACGAUCUUGGGAUACACAUUUCUUCUCUGCAAAUAUUGGGCAGCUUGUGCUUGCUAAUUGGAGCUUUUAAGGAAAAUUACAAAUGCUUUGUGCCAUGGAUGAUUACUACAGGAUUCUUUUUGUAUCUCAUGAUCUACUUGACCAUUGUUCUGUUGACCACGAAUGGCUACUGGAUUUUCGUUCCAACGAUGGCGUUGCCCUUUGCAGUUUACCUGAGUUUCGCUUUGUACUCGGUGCAAAAGGCAUUCGACAGGAUGCGCAAGGAGGAGCCGCCAGCAUAUACAAAUUUGCACGACAAAAAGGAUUAUAUUAGUUAUAUUUAAAAAUAUAUAUAUAUAUUUGCCAUAAGACGAAAAUAUUUAUAAAAAAAAUCUACUAUGGUAGUGAGAGAGUUUGCUGCUGAUUAGAUAAAAGCAAUAUAAAAGCUUUUUAAUUAUCGA